AUGGCCGUGCAUAGGAAGGACGUCUUAAAACUGCUUGAAUCACUCCAACAAAAAGAAAAGGAAAUUGAGGACGUCCGAAGCGAGAUGUCGGUGCUCCAAGGACGUCUCGACGUCUGUUCUGCGAAUUUGGCAACUCUGGAAGAAGAAGUUGCUUGGGUCAAUGCCACCUUCGAAAAAUGGUUCCAAGUGAGUUCAAGUUUCGAGUUUUUGCCUUUUUCCUGUGAUUUAUCAGAAAACAAAAUUAGUCGAACCAUUGAUCUGCAAACAAUUUUUUCUGAUUUCAGAAUGAUAGUCUCUUCGAGGAACUCUUGGAGAUGAUCAAAAAGAUCAACCCUGAGAAGGAGAAGAAAAACAUGCAGGCCGAAGCAAAGAAGAGUCCCGGCGAAACCAAAAAAGAAAGUCCAGAACAAGAGGUUUAAAAACUGAGCAGCUUUCAAAAAAUUAAACACGUCUUGAAGUUAAAACUGAUGACGAAUGUGGCGACUUUUCUAUUAGAAAGAACAAACGAUUGACUUGAACUGAAUUUAAAUCAAAUAAUCAAACUUUCGGGAUUUUUUUUUGUUUAGUUGAUUUUUGAUUAUGAGCAACCAAUAAUACUUUUUUAUGCUCACAUUGUUCAUUUGAAAACUUUGAUAGAGUUUUUUUUAUUUAAGAAUUAGUUCAGCACAAAAACCCAUCUUUAUUAGGAACUAAUAAUUUAAUAGACGAGAACGUAACUAUCAGUACCAGUGGGACUCCUAAGAAAGGUACAAAAAUUAAACGAGAUUGAGUCGAUUGUCAAAUCAAUUUCCAACAUCGACCAAUAGAUUAUUAUUCAAAAUUUAUUAUUGAAAAUGUGCGAAAAUAAAUUACAAAUAUCGUUCAGAAAACUCAAAUGAGAUGUAUAGAAGAUGAUAAAAACAACUCAAACUCUCAAAGAUUUUGAUAGUCUUAUUUUGAAAAUGAAAAAAUAGCAAUCUUUCUGUUUCUAGGCGCCUGUCGAAGCAAAAGAACAUGAAGAAAAAUCUCCCAAGGACAGAAAGAAGAAAUCGGUGACCCUAGUUGAACCAGAAACGGUUCAGAAAAAGGACGGCAACAAAUCAAAGGUAAAAAAAAAGAAAAUUACUUCAACUAAGAAAUAUAUUGUGUCAACUUUCACCUUGCACAAAUAUCUUCUUGUACUAAAACUUACAGAAACUGAAUUUCUUCUCUUCGUUAACCUACGAAAAGCUACUUUUGUCUUCGCAUGAUUAAUUCGGGUUUACGGCUGUGAAUGAAAGCUGAAUGACGUGAAAAAGAGAAUUUUUUUACUUUCUAUUCAGGUUCAUAUGAAAUAUGUGAUUAAGGUAUUUAUUCCCGAUGAGGGUUUUUUUUAACAACCUAAACUGAUAAUAGAUUUCUGUUCAAUAAAAAUUCGUAAGUUACAGAAUGUUUCGGUCAGUCAUUCGCGUCGGAGCGCCUACGACGUCGAUUCUGACGGCGAAUUUACCUCUGACGACCCUUGGUAAUCGAGAAAAGCUAACGGUUCGAAUCUGUCCACGUCUUCAUCUCUUUCCCCUCUAUCUACGGUUUUUCGAGACGCUCAACUACUAUUUUAAUGUACAUAUUUAUUUGUUCUCUCCAUGGUUCAUACGCGUUUUUUGUUUUUUUUCCUCCCACUGAAAUCUUGUCCAGCGUAUUAAGUUCUUUUUGUCCUAGAUCCCCUUUUCAGCAACAAUUUAUUCACACUACUUUCAUAACUUCUGUCCAUGAAAGCUGUCCAAACAAUUUACAAUUGUUAUUUCCAAAAGCUUUUUUUCUUUCUCCUCGAUUUACACUUUUAAUCUAGAUGGUUUUUCACUUUUUUUGUAUUGUUUUUUUACAGGCGAUAACAUUAACUUUACUAUUUAUUCGUGGGCCUUUUCUCAACUCUCUUUUUCGUUACAAAAAUUAUUGCAGAGUCCUUAUGUACUUUUUCUUUACCUUCAAAAAUCUUUUUUUCUUAAUCUUCUCUCAUCUGGUCAUUUUCCACCUUUUUUUCCACCUCGUUCAAGAAUAUUCAAGAGAAAUAAACCAUUUGAAACUGCAAAACUUUUUUUUGAUUACUCGAAAACUCAGAAUUGCUUAAAUUAUUAACAAAAACACUCUCGUUGACAAAUGGAGAAAAAUUGAAACAAAUAAAAUGUUCAUCUAUUUUGAAGUAAUUAAAAUUUUAAAAGAACCGAAGUGAAGUUGUAAAGCAAUAAAAUCGAUAAAGACCUUCAGUUAAGAAUUAGGAGUGCCUUGUGAAGAUAUUUUGUUCGAGGUUUUGUUUACAAAUCUUCUUUCAUUUUAGUAGCCAAUUUAUUUCUCAUAAUCAAAAGAGAAAAGCGUUUAAACAUAAAAAGCAGUCUCCUUAAACCAAAUCGACCCCGUUUAGUCCGCUUGAAUGAUAAGGCCUCAAAAAGCAAGGGCCUUCCAGAGAAAAAGUUACUGCGCUCUUAAUAUUGGGGUGGUUGAAAUCUAAUUAGGUUUUUUAGAAAUCCGAAGACUUGUUUUACAAGGGGAAAAAAGUUUAAGGUUGAAACUCGGAGUUACUUGUAAAAUAUGAUUUUUUUCAAACCUCAACAAAAAAAUGAAAGAUUUUCGGUUUUUUUCUCAUAAUUCUAGUCUGGUUUGAGCAAAUAAACUCUGAUUGCGAAAACAAGUUAUUGCGAAACUAUUCAAAUGUGUGCAAAGUUUCAAGACAUUUGAACAACAUUAGGAGAAGUUAUAUUCAAAAAACCAUUCUGAAAAAAAUUUAUGGCCAGUACUGUAUGAGUUUAACUCCAAUUGGACAGCGCUCUCUGUCCCGAUUUUCGUCUCGACCAGGUGAAGUUGAAGAUGGAAGAACAGGUAGUAAUCGGAGAGAGCGAUGUCAGGACUGUGCGGUGGCAGCGCCACGAUGAGUCAUCCGCAGCUCUGCAGCUUCCUCUUGGUAACUUUUGCCUUAUGAGGUCUGACCUCGCAUUAGAUCUGAACUCAGAGCUUCUGCAGCUGAGGAGAGUGCUUGUCACUGGUGACAGUAACACUAGCUUUCAAAAGAUCCUACUACUCCUCGCCGACCUGAAGCCAGAAAUGGAAGUCUAA